AGGCUGACCAUUUGACCUUUGCAAAAGAGGCCUCGGCUGGAAAACAACUAUCAUCUGUCUGUAACGAUAAUAAUUAGAUAGAUGGUGACGAUCCGUUCCCUUUGAAGUUUCCUCGAAGCUGCCGGCCAUCGGUCUUUGUGGGGCGUGCCUCCAUGUGUGGGCAUAGAGAAUUAAUAUUAUUACUUCGGAGAUACAGUUCUUAUCAAUGGAUAAGGGCAAGUUCAAGGCGGAGCUCCUCAGCGCCGGUCGUAAGAAGCUGGAGGAGUUUCAGAAGCAGAAGGCAUCGGCGAAGCAGUCUGCAGCUGGGCGGUUGCGCUCUGCGGCAAGGUCUGUAGCUUUCAACGCUGCAUUGGCGCAACAUGGCCAAUCAAAUGACAGGCCGAGAACACUCAGCCCUUCUAGCAGCUGCUCUGACAUGUCAGCUAUGGAUUCGACGCCAAUUGAAUCUGCUGCUUCCGAGAGUGCCUCGACUUUCAAUGUAGGUGGGGCUGCCGUUGCAGAUGGAGGGCUAGGUGGCGGCGCCGCGACAACGGGCGCUGUCGGGAGUAACCUUUUACCCCACCUCUCAGAGGCACCAAGGGGGCAAGAUGGAUCCGGGUUCCCCGUCCUUCCGCCCACGCCCGCGGAUAACGAAAUGGAGACGACGUCUGGUCAUGACAGCGCGGUAGAGAAUUCCGUGGAGUCCGCCGUCAAGGCAGCGGAAGGUGGCAGGGGGCGUGAUGUUGGAAGCGGGCCGAGUUAUGGGAAUGCCUCUUUCUCUGAGGAGCAUGAUCUUGGGUCAGAGCCAGCCGUAUCCGACUUGGCAGAUUAUGGUCAGCAGCAGUCCAAUUUGUCUUCUUCCCGCCCGGCCAUGGCAGAUGAGGACGAAGAGCUUAGAGAACGUGGACGAGUGCAGGAGAACAAGUUCGAUGUGUUGAAGGGAGACGCUUUGGUGUCGUCCGGAGAUGGCCACUUGAUGUCCGCCGAAAGCAGGGCUCGCGCAGAUGAAGGAGAGAGGACACUGUCUGCACCUCUUUCACAGCAGACGUCUCAGAUCUCUAACGAGGAUAGGGAAACUCUGGGCGUUGGGGGUCAGGUAUUGGGAAAAGAGGGCGUAAUGGAUGGUAAGAAAGAGGGCGAAGAUGCGAACCCGACAAUGAAAAAGAUAGUGCCAGAGAGCGCAGUUGUAGCGCAGGGCAGUGACAUGUUGGAGGCCAUGAAGGAAGAGAAUGCCGCUCUUCGAAAUGCCGUGAAGGAAUUGCAGGGUAGAAUAGAGGAGGUACGGAGUAAGAGGGAGGUUGCUGCGUGGCAAUACGAGGCUAGAGUGGUUGAAGUUGAGGAAGAGGACAUUUUUUCUGCUUCGUCAUCCGGUCAGGAAGGGCGAAUUCUUGACCGUGGCGGUGAGCAGCAGCAGCAGCUGCAGCUGCAGCAGGAGGGGAAGGAGAUGAAGAGAACCGUCCAGUUGGAGUCUCUGCUGGAGGAUUUACGAAUGCAACUGAAGGAGAGGGAUGCUGAAAUGGCGGCUUUUCGGAGAGAAAGGGACAGGGAAAAGGCGGAUUUGGAGGCAAAGGUCUCUGCUUUAAAAAGCGAGGUAGAGAACUUGAUUGACGAGAGGGCAUGGGGGGGGGAGAAGGUUGCGGAGCUCGAAGCUGUGAUCGGCAACUUGAGGGAAAAUCUAAGAGCGAGGGAGAAAGAGAUGAACGAGAGGGUUGAUUUGCUCAAGGAUGAGAUGCAGCGUCUGGAAGGGGAGAGAGCACGAUGGAAGGAGAAAGCAGGAGAACUGGAUGGCCUUGUGACAGAGUUAGGUUGGAAAGCCGAGGAGGCGAAGAAGGAGCCAGAGGCGGAGAAGACAGUUGCGCAGCUGAGGAUGAGCCUGGAUGCGGCUGAGACCAGAGUAGAGAAUCUCAGGGUGGAGUUGGAAGAGGCUUUGGAAGGAAAGCAGAAGAUGGAGGAGAGGGCAGAGGAUCUUGAACUGGCGGCACAGCAUCUGCAGUUUCGAUUGGCACAGAACGAGAAGGAAAUGGAAUCGCUGAGAAAUGAGAAAAGGGAGGAAAUCAGGAGGUUGUAUGCAGACCUUGCGAAUGCCAAGGAGGAGUUGACUGUUAUGACCGAGAGGCUGAAGCUGAAAGAGCGAGAGGCAGAGGAGAGGGAAAAGUUGAUUCUGGAGGAGAAGAGGAAAGCCGAGAGCAAAGCCGAGGCAGCCUACUUGGAGAUUUCACGCAUGAGGGAGGAGAGGAACGCUCUGGUUCCACAGCUGGAACGGCUACAGCAGGAGCUUAACGACAAAGGGAAGCAGCUCGAGGCCCAAGAACAUACCAGAAAAACGUUGAACAGGAAGAUGAAGGAACGGUUGGAGGAGAUUGGCAGUGAGAGGGACGAGUUAAAGCAGAAGCUGAAGGAGGAGACAUCAACAUCAAAAGAGCUGCGAGAAAGUUUGGCCGAUAUUGAGAAGGAGAUCGCAUCGCUCAGGCUCCAAAAGGAGAGGAUGGGAGAGGAAGCGAAGCGGGAGCGUGCAAUUCUUCAAGGUCAGGUUGACGUGCUGUCUAGGGAAAGGGAGGGCGUGGGGGAAAAGAUCAAGGAGCUGACGCUUUCUUUGGACGCAGAAAGAAGAGAGAGAGAGUUAAGUUUGAAGCGAUGUGAGGAGUUGGAGUUGCAGAUGAUGGCAGUGAAGACAAUGAUGGCGGAGAAAGCGUUGGAGGUAGAACAGGCCAAUCGAGACCUGGAGUGCGUAAGGCAAAAGGUCUUGGAUCUAACCUUGGCGAUGUCGGAAGCGAAUGAGAGGCUGACUGAGGCAGAGAGAGCAGUGGAGGAGGAGAGGGGCAGAUCGGAGCAGGCAAAUCGGAGAAUAGCGGAGCUCCUCAACGAUCUGGACGAGAUGGCGCAGGAACGUCAAUUGUUGAGAGCUAAGGUUGCGCAAUUGGAAGAUUUGAUGGUCAAUGAGAGAACGAGAUUCGAGGAGGCAAGUCAGAGAAUGGUCUCGGUUGAAAAGGAGUUAGAGGCGGUGGUUCAGGCGCGCGAGGUGUUGAGGGAGAAGAUGUCGAAUGUGCAGAUCAUGACCGACAGUGCGCAUGCUGCUCUGGCUGACAGGGAGAAGCUUCUGGAAAAGGAAAGGGAGAUGUGCAAGGACUUGGGGGCGAGGUUGGAAUUGAAGUCUCGAGGGGCCGAAGAUCUGGAGAGAGAGAGGGAGGUGAUUGUGGCAGAGAUCGCAGAACUCCGGGAAAGGUUGAGGGGUAAGGAAAGUGAACUGGAGGAAUUGAAAGGCAAUAUGCGAUCGCAGAUGGAGGUUUUGCAAUCGCAGUUAGAUGGACUGAGGAGGGAGGCACGGAGCCAAGUUCAGGAGUGCGAAACGGCAAAGGCAAGAGCGAUUGAAGCGAGUGCUCUACUGGCAGAGUUGAAGAAGAAGGUCUCGGAUAAGGAACGAGAGAUGGAGGUGAUGUCUUCGAGGGAGGAAGCGGAUAGGAUAGAGUUCCAGAAGCGAUUGGAAGUGGCAGAAGCAGAGGUCAGGAGAUUGCAGGGAGAGGUGGAGACCAGCAAAAUGACGUCUUUGGAAUCUGAGACGUUGGUGGGACGGUUGGAGGAAGAACUUCACAGGAAGAUAGCGGAAGCAAAGGGUUUUUGUGACCAAGUUGAGCGUGCUGAACUCCAGUGUGCUGCCCUGGAUGCUGAAGUUCGAAGAUUAAUGGAAGAGGGAAACAGGUAUCGGGCGAUGAAUAUGACAGUGGAAGAAGGGACAACAAUAGGACCCUUAGAGCCCACUGCGCAUCCGAAACAAAUGCUGUCCAAGAGUGAGAGGAUGGAGAAACCUGGAGAGCUGACAACAGAGACGUCCCCCCAGCAGCAGCAGCAGCAGGAGAGGAAGGAGAACGAGGAGAGUCAUCUUGACGCCUUGCAGCGUGAGGAGGUGGUGGAGAAGGGGAAAAGAGUACGUGAAUUGGAAGAGAUCGUUAAGGAGCUGCGUGGGAAGCUGGCAGCAAUGGAGGGGGACAUGCAAAACUAUGCAGAAACGGAAAACAAAGAGCAGACUGCUGCGGAGGAAAAGGUCAAAACUUUGUCUGCAGAUGUUGCCAGACUUGUUCAGGAAACUGAGAGAUGGACUGCAGAAACAGGCGAGCUGAAAGGUAAGGUGCGGAAGCUUGAGGAAGAGAUUGCUGAGAAACAACAAAGGCUUGACCUCAUAGAAGAAGAGAAGGAGAGUUUGCAAUGCGAAGUGUCGGAGCUGAGAAAGUUCACAGACGGUUUGGAAGAAGCGAAGAGGGUGAAGGAGGAGGAGGCUUUGGGUCUCUUGGAGAUUGUGAAGCAGGUGCGAGCUGAUGCGCAAGUGGCUUGGGCGAAUGUAACUGAAUUGGACGCGAGGCUUAUGGAGCUAGAACAGAGAGUGGAAGAGAAGGAAAAACAGAGGAGAGAUGCGGAGGACGAGGGGAUGCGGUUACAAUUAUCACUCCUCCAAAAGAAGGCUGCUAUGGAAGAACUACAACGAGAAACAGAGCAGGAGCGCAGCUUGCUGAAGGAAGCAUUGAGGAUGGCCAGUGAGAAACGAAUGACGGAGACUGGGUGUUGGCUGCAGCAGGUGAGGGCAUUGUCUGGCGAUAGGAAGACAUCUGACAUAGGCAGCGAUGGGGAGGUGAAACCCUUGAGGGUGUUAGGAGAAGUGACAAGAGAGUUCUCUGAGGUUCUUGAGAAUGGGUUGGAGGAUGCGAUGCAUGAUGGUCCCGAAAAGAUGGAGCUGGUCGCUGAUGGGCAGGAAUGUGCUGCUGGUCCCCUUUCCUCAGUGCUUUGGGAAGAACUCAGGGGGUUGGCUGGCUUCUUGCACAAGCAAGAGGCCCAGGGGGAUGUUCUUCGCAAAGAGGUUCAUGCUCUUGAAACCCGGCUUGGAGCGCGAGAAAAGGCGGAGGUUGUGCUGAUGGCAGAGGUUGAGUCACAAAGCAAGGAGCUCGAGAAACACAAGGAAGAGCUUUCGAGGCUAAGAGAGACGCGGAACGUGAAAGAUAAAGAGAUUGCGCGACUGGGACUCAUGAUAGAGAAGAAACAGGUGGAGGUGGAGUACCUUGUAGAGAGCAUUGUGGCGGCGACGGAAGAGGUUAAGGAGCUGGUGGUCAGUGUGGGUUUCAUGAGGAUGGGAGUGUUGGGGGUGACAGAGGAAGAAAAACUUGUGGAGAAGGAUGCGGAGGAGGAAGACAGUCUGCUUCCUGUUGUUGAGAGAGUUGUCAUGGCACACAGAAGAGAACUGGACAAGUUGAGAAGAGAAUCCGAGUUGUAUAGAGAUGCCACUUCUAGCCGAGUGAAGGGUAUGGAGGAGGGCCUGUGCGAGAUGAAACGGGAGCUGGCAACGUUAGAUGAAACGCUGGUUGCGAAGGAGGAAGAGAUCAGGCUCCGGUUUAGCUCUGAGGAAUCGAUGCUCUCCCACUUGAGAGAAAAAGAAGGGAAUGUGGAGAGGCUCGAGGAGGAGCUGGAUAAGAGUGUAGCAGCAGUCAGAGAGCUGCAGGUGUUGCUGGACGAAGAGAGGGAGUUGAGGCAAAACGUGAAUAACAUGCUGGAAGCCCAAAAAGAGAAGACAGUUCGGGAGGUGGAGAACAUGACAGAGCUGUUGAAGGAACGGGAGACGGAGUUGGUGAACCUUCACCAGGAGAUGGCGGGAGCCAGAGAGGCGCUGCUUUCCAAGACAGCGGAGUUGGAGGAGAGAGAAAAGUCCAAAGUCAUGGCAGAAGAGCAAGUUGAAGAUCUGAAGAAGGAGAUCAACAGGUUGUCUGUAGCCUUGAGGCAGGAGGCAGAGGAACACCAGAUGAAGAGCUUGCGGGUGUUGGCAGAGGCAUCUGGGAAAAUUGAAUGUCUCGAGGGUGCGCUCAGAGAGGCAGAGACUGAACUCAAGUCUGUUCAAAAACAAUCCGCUGAGUUGGAACGGCAAUUGAUGGGUGAAGUGGAAGAUCGCGAGCGCAGGAUUGAGGGUAGAACGGCAGAGGUGGAGGCGCUGAAGAAGGAUCUGAGGAUUUUCAAGGGAGAGUUGGAAUGCAUGAAAGAAGAAAAUGAGGGCUGGAAAGAGAAAGCACAGAACGUGCAAGAAGAGUGCAACGAGGCCUUGGGGGAUGUUGAGAGGUUGCAGGAAUGCCUUGGUGAAAAGCAGAGGCAGAAUGAUGAGCUCAGCGACAUGCUGGAAAGCCUGAAUGCGAAGCUGGAAGAGGACACCAAGGCAUUUAGAGCAGAGGCAGAGCGGCUGAAGGGAGAACUUGCGCAGUCUGAGCAGAAGGUCAUUGGUGUCAGGGAAAGGUUAAGCCUUGCCAUCAAAAAGGGAAAGGAGGUCGUACAACAGCGAGAAGUGUUGAAGGCUAACUUGAUGGAACGAGUGGCAGAGGUGGAUGAGCUGGCUUCUGCAAAGGAUGAAGAGAGACGUGGGAGGGAGGCAGCGGUUGUGGCUCUGCAAGACAAAAACAAGGAGUUGGCCAAGGUCAGGGCAGACAUGGAGGCGCUAGCGGAAGUAGUGCAGAGAGAGAGGGAGAGAGCUGGGGGAUUGGAGGGAAGGCUGGGGGUUGCAGAACGGGAGAAGAUGGAGGCACAGUUGAGAAUGGCCGAGAUGGAGGAGCGGUUCAAAGCGGUAAUGGAGAGGGUGGAGGAAGCCAGGGGAGAUGUGGAAAUUCGAUUGAGAUGUCUUGGGGUGGACUUGGAGAGGGAGCGGCAGAGGGCUUCUGAAGCAAUGGAUGAGGCAGAGAGAUGUGCGGAGGAGAUAAGGGAUUUGAGAUCCCAGGUGGAAGAGUCUCAGGCAAGAGAGGAACAACUCGUGUGGGAGUUGGAAGGCUUGAGGGAGAGGGUGGAAAGGGAAGAAGAAGGGGCGAGGCAUCUUGAAGAAGAGCUUGCCGCGUAUCGGGUGGCGCUUGCGGGAAAGAAUGACCAGAUCAAUGAGCUUGUUGACCGAGAAAGAUCUGGGGAGGAAAGAUGCAGGGAGUUGGAAAUGGAGGUAGUCGUUGCACGAGACAAUGUCGAUAAGUCAGAAGAGGAACUGGAAGCACUGAAGGAGAAGCUGUCGAUGGCAGUCAGGAUGGCCAAGAAAAUGAAGUUACUGAAAGAGGAUGCAGAGGAGAGAGCGAAGAAGCUUGAUGAUGAGCUCGGGAGCUUGAAAGCUGUCGCUUCUGCUACUGCUGCAGACUUCGGUGCUCUAACAGAACAGACAGAGAAAGAAGGGGAUGUUUCCUCACAACAGGGAGGUGAAGGGUGUGAGAAAGGAGGGUCAAACACAACGACGAUGAUGGAACAAUCAUCUGUAAAAUCUGGAUCGGGUCAGGGAGAUGAGAAUAAGGAUCUCAGCUCACAGACGCGAGGGAGUUUCUUGGAUGCAAGUGAGGUCAUGGCUCUUCGACAGAGAAUCAGAGAGAUGGAUCUGGAGAUGGAAGCCAUGCGCCUGAACAAUUCUGCAGGAGGCCCUGCCUGUCGGGUAACCUUGGCUGAGGAUAGGAAAGGAGAGGCAGGAGAAAAAACAACCAAGUGCGAGGUUGUUGACAGGGAGAGUAAACAAGGAGAUGUGUUGAAAGAUAUGGAGAGAGCCAUGAAUGGGAAGGAAAUUGAACUGGCGAAAUUGCAUGCCUUGCUGGAUGAGAGGGAGAGGGAGCUCGAAGACAUGCGGGGAGAGGUGGAGGAGAAGAGGAGAGCAGUCGCAUCCUUAGAAGCCGAGCUCGAAAGGGUAGAAGCAAGGGUAGAGGUGUUGGGAAUGGAAAGUGAUUGUUUGAGUGCAUUUGCUGCAUCAAAGGAAGAAGCUAUGGAUGAGGCAAGACGUGAGAUGGGGAAAGAAAUGGAAGAUCAAGUGGCUGCUGCCAUGGAAGCGAGGAGUGUUGUAGAUAGGUUGAUGGGUGAGGUGGCUGAGCUCCGGGGGAGAUUGGCAGGCAGAGAAGAAUCCAUGGUAGCUCUCAGGGCGGAGCUGCAGCAGCAAUUGACAGAGAGGGAAUCGGAAGUGCAUAUGGAGAGGGAGAAUGUGGCGGAACUUACUGGAAGAUUGGCUACGGUCAGGGAGCGAUGUGCUCAUUUGGAGGAGGAGUUGGUUUUGAUCAAGGAGGAAAAUGCAGCAGAAGUAUCCUCGAAGGAGGAAGAACUCCGGAGGUCAUAUGAGCGAGUUGACAUUUUGGCGGAGGAAGUUGAAAGACUGAGAGCAGAUUUGUUGGGGAAGGAAGUUGAGAUGGGACGAAUGAAGGAGAGGUUAGAAGGUGAUAUGAGUAGGAGAAGCAGUGCCGUGCAGGCCGCAGAAGCAGAGGCUGCAAAGCUAAAAGAGGAGGUAGAGAAGAGGGAAAAGGCUGUGAACGUGAUGAGGGAAGAGCUGGAAAAGGGGAAAGCAGAGACCAUGGAGAGGGUGAAGGAGGUGGAAGAUGUGCUGCAAAGGAGGGAAGAGGAGCUGCAGGCAGCAGCAAAGAGGGCUAAGCAUUUAGAGGAAGAAAUUGUGUCCUUGGAGGCGCGAGGUGACCAACUGUUGUCGGAGCUAGAGGCAGAAAGUGGGAGGAAGAAGAUGGAAGUGGAGGUCCGCGAGAGGGAGCUGGGAGGACUGCGGAGGCAGGUGGAGAUCUUGGCAAUGCAGCUGGGACAGGAGCAGGAGAGAGCAGGAAUUAUGGAGAGAGAAGUGGAAAGUAUGCAUAAAGAGAGUGAGCACGACAAACAGAACAUGGAUGGCUUGCAAAAGGAGCUGGGGAGAUACACGGAAACUAUCAAGGCCCUGGAGGGGGAGGUGGGGAGGUUAAAUGAUAUGCUGCUGGAGAAAGAGAAGAGAGUGAACCAGGUAGAGGCAGAGUUGGAGGGACUGAGGGGUGAUUUGGAGAGAGGGAAAGUGCGAGAGGACGAACUGGCAGAGAAGCUCCAAAGAGUUAGGGAUGAAGCAACGAAGGAGGGGAAAGAAGCUUUUAUGCGGGAAGAGGAGGCUGAGAGGAAAACUCAGGAACUGCGAGCGGUACAGAGAGAGUCGGAGGAGCUGAGGGAGCGGCUAGCUGAGAGGGAAAAGCUAAUAGAGGAGAAGGAGGGGGCACGGUUGGAACUUGUGGCACAACUUUCAAGUCUUGCUGCAAAGACUUCUGAAAGCGAGUCCACUCGUGAAGAACUGGCAAAGAAGAUGAUAUAUCUGGAGCAGCAAUUAGUGGAGGACAAGUGCAAUAAGGAGAAUCUGUUGAGCGAACUGAAUGACAAGAGGAGGGAAAUACAGGAGCACCAGGAGAGAUUAGAUGCAGUAACGGAGCAGUUGCUCCAGUUGCAAGUUGAACGUUGGACAAGGGAGGAAGAGGUGAAGGAGCAACUGGAAAAUCAGAAUAAAUGGGCUCAAGAGGAAGUCAGAAAAGUGGAGCUCAGAUUGCAAGGUUCAGAGGAGGAUAGGCGAAGGUUGAACGAAGAGGCGAAACGAAGAAGUGAAGCGGGAGGCAUGGUUCAAGAGAGGGGCAUGGCAAUUUCUGAAGAAAUACGGCAGCGGUUGCUUCAAGCUCAGACAGAAGGGGUGGAAAUGGAGAAGUUGCAGCAGCAGUGCGCAGACCAGGCUAGGCAGCUGGAUACGCUGAGAGACAAACUCCAAAAGGCAGUAAAGAAAGGUAAAGCCAUUGAUCAGGCAAGGGCACACCUGGAGAAGGAAACACGAGAGAAGGAUACAGAGAUUGGCAUUUUGCAUAGGAGAGUGCAGGAGAUGGAGAAGAUGGUGAAUGAACUGGAUGCAGUAAAGAAUAUGGUCAAGGAGCAGGAUGUCAUUAUCAAAUCGAUGGCAGAAGAAAAGAAGAAAGUAGAGGCUGAUGAUGUGGCAGCAAGGAGGUGGGGGGAUGAGAGAGCAGGAGAGUGCGAGGAAGUCAAGGGGGCCAGGGAUGCCUUGGAGAGCGAGUGCAAGGAGUUAAAGCGCAUAAGGGAAAGCUUGGAGAAGAGAUUAGAAGAGGUACAGAGGGUUGAGACAGAGAAUGCAGACCACCUGGCCAAGCUACGAGAAGAAUUGAUCAGUGCUGGGCAUCGUCUUGUUGCUCUGAAGAGAGAGAAGACGCAGUUACAAAAGCUUGUGGAUCAGGGAGGUAGAGAAAUGGAUCGCUUGAAGGGUGAGUUUGAGAAGACGGAGAGAGAGAAGAACACCCUUGACGAGAAGGUAAGGAGAGCAAGGGAUGCACUUGUGUCUGCGAGGGAAGAAGUGCAGCGCUUAUCAAAUGAAGUGGAGAGGUUAGAGGGUGAAGUUGCUGAGAGGGAGGUCCGGCUUGAAAGGCAGAUGGAAACGGUCUGGCAGCUUGAGUGUCAAGCUUUGCGAGUGACGAAGUUGGAACUGGCAUUGGAGAAUGCGCAGAAUGAGAUGGCUAAGGAGCGCAGCGCCCUGGAGGAUGCAAAAGCCAAGGAAGAGUCCUGCGUUCAUGAGCUUACUGAGGCGAAGAACGAGGCCGAGAAGCUCAGUGAACAGGUGGAUGAACUUGUAGGCAAGAUUGAGGAACUGACUGAAGUAGCCACUCUGCGUGAGAGGGAGAUUGAGGUGCAAAAGAGGGAUGCGAUGCAGAGGGAGGAGGAUGCAUCAAAGCUGAAAUCACAGCUGCAGGUUCUUGAGCGUGUUGCUGGGGAUUUGAGGGAGGCCAUGUCACUGAAGGAACAGGAGCUGCAGAGAGUGCGUAGAGAAUCAAUUGGAAUGCUGAAUGAUUCGGAAGACGUGAUUCGGGAAGCAGAGGAGCGGGGGUCUGCACUCCAACAGGAAAUAGACCAGCUGAAGCGGAGUGUUGCCAUGAGGGAGGAAGGUAUGGUUUACACUGUAGUUUAUGCUCUUGUGGAUGGUGGGUGUACCCUUCUUGUCUGCCCAUGGCAUCUGAAGAGACAUUUGUAGCGCAUGGCUACCGUCGACCCAGGCACUGGACCAUCCGGACAGCGGACACCAGACUGUUCGAACUGGGUCUGUACAUCCGGAUCU